GCUCUCCGGUAUACGGAGGAGCACUUUUUGGGGUGCAUCUCUUCAUUUGCUCUCACACCCCAACUUUGCAAUCGCCGCGCAGCGGCGCCAGGGCACACGCUGUGGAGGCGCACGCCGGGUGGCUCAGCAGGACUGUGGAGGCAGGAAACCUCGGUUUCGGCUCUUUGUUGUUCGCCUUGGAUGAGCCUUGGAAGUGGUUGAGCCUCUUCGGAAACCCGGGGCCAGGGAAGACAAAUCUUGGAAUUUUUCUUUGCAGAGGGCACUGAAGGAUUGACAAGCCUCCGGAAAGGUUCGACGAGAAAGUGCCCUGCAAACUCUUGGCGGAUUGACUCACGUUGCUUAUAUUAAGCCUCUUUGUGUGUAGGGUGUAUGGUGUGUGGCUUCCAUAAAUUUGGAGAUCCCCGCUUCUGCUCUCUUCUCUUGGCAUGAAACUGUAUGCAGGACCUACCCGAGGACAAUGAUCGCGGAGCCUGCUCACUUUUACCUCUUUGGAUUAAUAUGUCUCUGUUCAGGCUCCCGUCUUCGUCAGGAAGAUUUUCCACCGCGCAUUGUUGAACACCCUUCAGACCUGAUCGUCUCCAAAGGAGAACCCGCCACUCUGAACUGUAAAGCUGAAGGCCGCCCCACUCCGACUAUAGAAUGGUACAAAGGCGGGGAGCGAGUGGAGACGGACAAAGAUGACCCUCGCUCACACCGGAUGUUGCUGCCCAGUGGAUCUUUAUUUUUCUUACGCAUAGUCCAUGGACGGAAGAGUAGACCUGAUGAAGGGGUCUACAUCUGUGUAGCCAGGAAUUACCUUGGAGAAGCUGUGAGCCACAACGCAUCGCUGGAGGUAGCUAUUCUACGGGAUGACUUCAGACAAAACCCUUCAGAUGUCAUGGUGGCAGUAGGGGAGCCUGCAGUAAUGGAAUGCCAGCCUCCUCGGGGCCAUCCAGAACCCACCAUCUCCUGGAAAAAGGAUGGCUCACCCCUGGAUGAUAAAGAUGAAAGAAUCACUAUACGAGGAGGAAAGCUCAUGAUCACUUAUACCCGUAAAAGCGAUGCUGGCAAGUAUGUUUGUGUUGGUACCAACAUGGUGGGGGAACGGGAGAGCGAAGUCGCAGAGCUAACCGUUUUAGAGAGGCCAUCAUUUGUGAAGAGACCCAGUAAUUUGGCAGUGACUGUGGAUGACAGUGCAGAAUUUAAAUGUGAGGCCCGAGGAGACCCUGUGCCUACGGUUCGAUGGAGGAAAGAUGAUGGAGAGCUGCCCAAAUCCAGAUAUGAAAUCCGAGAUGAUCAUACUUUGAAAAUCCGGAAGGUGACGGCUGGCGACAUGGGAUCAUACACGUGUGUGGCAGAAAAUAUGGUUGGGAAAGCUGAGGCAUCCGCCACUUUGACAGUUCAAGAGCCACCACAUUUUGUUGUCAAGCCUCGUGACCAGGUGGUCGCCUUGGGACGCACUGUGACUUUUCAGUGUGAAGCAACUGGAAAUCCUCAACCAGCUAUCUUUUGGAGGAGAGAGGGGAGUCAGAAUCUGCUUUUCUCAUACCAGCCUCCACAGUCCUCUAGCCGGUUUUCAGUUUCACAGACAGGGGACCUCACUGUUACGAACGUCCAGCGGUCUGAUGUCGGUUACUACAUCUGUCAGACUUUAAAUGUUGCUGGAAGUAUCAUCACAAAGGCGUAUUUGGAAGUUACUGAUGUGAUUGCAGACCGGCCUCCCCCAGUCAUCCGACAAGGUCCUGUGAAUCAGACUGUAGCAGUGGAUGGUACUUUAAUCCUCAGCUGUGUGGCUACAGGCAGUCCAGUGCCCACAAUUCUGUGGAGGAAGGAUGGAGUCCUUGUUUCAACCCAAGAUUCUCGGAUCAAACAGCUGGAGAGUGGCAUGCUCCAGAUCCGCUACGCUAAGCUGGGUGACACGGGCCGGUACACCUGCACCGCAUCGACCCCAAGUGGUGAGGCCACAUGGAGCGCUUACAUCGAAGUCCAGGAAUUUGGAGUUCCAGUUCAACCUCCAAGACCCACCGACCCCAAUUUAAUCCCCAGUGCCCCCUCAAAGCCCGAAGUGACAGAUGUCAGCAAAAACACGGUAACUUUAUUGUGGCAGCCAAACUUGAACUCAGGAGCAACCCCAACGUCUUAUAUUAUAGAAGCCUUCAGCCAUGCAUCUGGCAGCAGCUGGCAGACUGUGGCAGAAAAUGUGAAAACAGAAACAUUUGCCAUCAAGGGACUCAAACCUAAUGCCAUUUACCUCUUCCUGGUGAGGGCGGCUAAUGCAUAUGGUAUUAGUGAUCCAAGCCAAAUAUCCGAUCCAGUGAAAACGCAAGAUGUCCCACCAACCAGCCAAGGGGUGGACCACAAGCAGGUCCAGAGAGAACUGGGGAAUGUCGUCUUGCAUCUCCACAACCCUACCAUCCUUUCUUCCUCCUCAGUCGAAGUGCACUGGACAGUGGACCAACAAUCUCAAUAUAUUCAAGGGUAUAAAAUUCUCUACCGGCCUUCUGGAGCGAGUCAUGGUGAAUCGGAGUGGUUAGUUUUUGAAGUGAGGACCCCAACUAAAAACAGCGUGGUGAUCCCAGAUCUCAGAAAAGGCGUCAACUACGAGAUUAAAGCCCGCCCAUUCUUUAAUGAGUUUCAAGGAGCAGACAGUGAAAUCAAAUUUGCCAAAACCUUAGAAGAAGCACCAAGUGCCCCUCCUCGAAGUGUAACUGUAUCCAAGAAUGAUGGAAAUGGGACUGCAAUUCUGGUCACUUGGCAACCACCUCCUGAAGACACACAGAAUGGGAUGGUCCAAGAAUAUAAGGUUUGGUGUCUUGGUAAUGAAACUAAGUAUCACAUAAACAAGACAGUAGAUGGCUCUACUUUCUCUGUGAUCAUCCCCUCUCUGGUUCCCGGGAUCCGGUACAGUGUGGAGGUGGCAGCAAGCACUGGGGCUGGUCCUGGGGUGAAGAGUGAGCCUCAGUUCAUCCAGUUAGGUAAGAGAGAUGAACUAGGGUCGGGAGAGAAUCAUCACAAUAUACUGUGUCAGAUCUCAGAUGUGGUGAAGCAGCCAGCGUUCAUUGCGGGCAUCGGGGCAGCCUGUUGGAUUAUCCUCAUGGUCUUCAGCAUCUGGCUCUACAGACACCGCAAGAAGAGAAACGGGCUCACCAGCACAUAUGCGGUAACUUAUCAAAGAGGAGGUGAAGCCGUCAGCAGUGGAGGGAGGCCGGGUCUCCUCAACAUUAGUGAACCUGCCACGCAGCCAUGGCUGGCAGACACAUGGCCCAACACAGGCAACAAUCACAACGACUGCUCCAUCAACUGCUGCACAGCCGGCAACGGCAACAGCGACAGCAACCUGACAACCUACAGUCGCCCAGCUGAUUGUAUAGCAAAUUAUAACAACCAACUGGAUAACAAACAAACAAAUCUGAUGCUCCCUGAGUCAACUGUUUAUGGUGAUGUGGACCUUAGUAACAAAAUCAAUGAGAUGAAAACCUUCAAUAGCCCAAAUCUGAAGGACGGGCGUUUUGUCAAUCCAUCAGGGCAGCCUACUCCCUAUGCCACCACGCAGCUCAUCCAGGCCAACCUCAGCAACAAUAUGAAUAAUGGCAGCGGGGACUCCAGCGAGAAGCACUGGAAGCCUCCGGGGCAGCAGAAACAGGAAGUGGCACCAAUUCAGUAUAACAUCAUGGAGCAAAACAAGCUGAACAAAGAUUAUCGGGCAAAUGACACAAUCCCUCCAACCAUCCCAUACAACCAAUCGUAUGACCAGAAUACAGGAGGAUCUUACAACAGCUCGGAUCGGGGCAGUAGUACAUCUGGGAGUCAAGGCCACAAGAAAGGGGCACGGACACCAAAGGCACCCAAGCAGGGUGGCAUGAACUGGGCAGACUUGCUGCCCCCUCCCCCGGCACAUCCUCCCCCGCAUAGCAACAGCGAAGAAUACAGCAUGUCCGUAGAUGAAAGCUAUGAUCAAGAAAUGCCCUGUCCUGUGCCACCUGCGCGGAUGUAUUUGCAACAGGAUGAAUUAGAAGAAGAGGAAGAUGAAAGAGGCCCCACUCCCCCUGUCCGAGGGGCAGCGUCUUCUCCAGCUGCUGUGUCCUACAGCCAUCAAUCCACGGCCACUCUCACCCCUUCUCCCCAGGAAGAGCUCCAGCCCAUGUUACAGGAUUGUCCGGAAGACAUCGGCCACAUGCCCCACCCACCAGACAGGAGGCGGCAGCCGGUGAGUCCUCCUCCACCACCGCGGCCAAUUUCCCCACCUCAUACUUACGGCUACAUUUCAGGACCCCUUGUCUCAGAUAUGGAUACCGAUGCCCCAGAAGAGGAGGAGGACGAAGCUGACAUGGAAGUUGCCAAAAUGCAGACCCGAAGGCUGUUGUUACGUGGGCUGGAGCAGACCCCAGCAUCCAGUGUUGGGGACCUUGAGAGCUCGGUCACUGGGUCCAUGAUCAAUGGCUGGGGCUCAGCCUCAGAAGAGGACAACAUUUCCAGUGGGCGCUCCAGUGUCAGUUCAUCGGAUGGCUCCUUUUUCACUGAUGCUGAUUUUGCCCAGGCUGUUGCUGCAGCUGCGGAGUAUGCAGGCCUGAAAGUGGCUCGCCGCCAAAUGCAAGAUGCUGCUGGCCGCAGACACUUCCAUGCCUCUCAGUGCCCUAGGCCCACGAGUCCUGUGUCUACAGACAGCAACAUGAGUGCUGCGGUAAUCCAGAAAGCCAGACCCACCAAGAAACAAAAACACCAGCCAGGACAUCUGCGCAGAGAAGCCUACACAGAUGAUCUUCCUCCCCCUCCAGUGCCACCGCCUGCUAUAAAAUCGCCCACUGUCCAGUCCAAGGCACAACUGGAGGUACGACCUGUAAUGGUGCCAAAACUUGCUUCUAUAGAAGCAAGAACAGACAGAUCAUCAGACAGAAAAGGAGGCAGUUACAAGGGGAGAGACGCUCUGGAUGGAAGACAAGUCACUGACCUGCGAACAAAUCCAAGUGACCCCAGAGAAGCACAGGAACAGCUAAACGAUGGGAAAGGCCGAGGAACAAAGGCAGCAAAGCGAGACCUUCCGCCAACAAAGACGCACCUUGUCCAAGAGGAUAUUCUUCCGUACUGUAGACCUACUUUCCCAACAUCAAACAACCCUAGAGAUCCCAGUUCCUCGAGCUCAAUGUCAUCAAGAGGGUCAGGAAGCCGACAAAGAGAGCAAGGAAAUAUGGGCCGAAGGAAUAUGGCGGAAAUGCAAGUACUUGGGGGAUUUGACAGAGGAGAUGAGAAUAAUGAAGAAUUAGAGGAAACUGAAAGUUGAAAACAACCAGAGAAGCUUACGAUGCUAAUGUGAAAAAAACCAUCACUCAAGAGGCCUCACGUCUGAUGACACACAAUACCAGAUGAAAUGUUCAGUGCAAUCAGAAUGGACAUAUUGUCGUUUUUAUUCCUCCUAUUGGGAUAACAUUUUUUAAAAGUUUCUUGGGUUUUUAGUGUUGCUGAUUGAUUGCCUAACCCUUAAUGAACCUCCCCAUGCCGCAUCGCUGUUGCAGCUGUUAUACUUGACUUCCAACAUUGGAAGUGUCUUGAAUGCUUGCUUCAGCCAUCAGCCAGCGAGAAAGAACAGACCAAUUCUUUUUGUGAUUUGCCCCUGAGAUAUGGCAUUACACUGCUUAUAUAUCAAGCUAAUUGAUAGCAAAAUAUUGAUCAAAGAUACAAAGGUGAUGACUCAACCUCAUGCCAAGGGCUCUCAAAGCAUAGUCGUUCUAUGACCAACUGCUAAUGCCAAGUAAAGCAUACUUCAUUUUACAUGAUUUUAGAAUCAGUCUUUCAUACCACCCUUUGCUGGGAUAAACUAAAAAUCUAUCACAUACAGAACUACAGUUAAUUUGAUUGGGCUAGACACAUUGUAAAUAUAUACUCUUUGCAACUCCUGUGGUACUUUAUUUUGUCUUUAUUUCAAUCAUUGAAAUAUAUUCUUGGAAAUGUACUUUUGGAUAAGUAGGGCUAAGCCAGUUGGACCUCUGGUUGUCUAGUCAUUGUGAGAAGUAAACCUAGCAAAAAUCUUGUUCUAUUUUUCAAUCAAAAAGCAACUACAAAUGCAUAUUACAAGCAAAUGGAUGUUUUUAAUGACCAAUUGAGUAAGGACAUCUCUAUCUUAACUGGCAUAAAUUUCUUCUGGUAGUGUCAGUUCAACUUUCAGAAGUGCCACUUAAGGAGGUUUGUUUGAUUUUUUUUGUUUGUUUGUUUUUGUAAUGCACUGUUUUUAAUCUUUUUUUUUUUGGUUUUAAAAGCACAAUCACUAAACUUUAUUUGUAAACCAUUGUAACUAUUAACCUUUUUUGACUUAUUGAAGAAACUGUUGAGAAGUGUUUUUAGCCUGUUUUGUUAAUGCUCUGUGUUUGUAUUUGCAAUAUUUGAAUGGUGACAGCUGGCGAGGUCAUAUACUGACUUUAUCGUGUGCUGUGAACCAAAUGGUUCCAAUUUUUCCUGGACUUAAAGAAAAAAAAAGUUGUUUUAAGAUUGUUGUGGCCAAUGUUGAAUCUUACAAGAUUUCCUUAGAAGCUCAUGAGAGGCAUUCCAACUUGGAAUUGCCAAGUGAUGCUCUGUGACUGUAGAUUUCUGUGAUUUUUUUUUGACAUUUUACGAAUUUCAUCGACUUUAUAAUUGGUGCUAUUGAAGUAAACAAAAUGAACCUUUAGUCAUGCAUAGGUAUCAGGCCUGACCCCACAAAGCCAAACAAAAUCGAACCACAAAAAAAAAUAAAUAAAAACAAAAGGCUGGUAUUCACCAAAAACUAAGUGUAUUCAUUUAGAUGAUUUGAAGAAGCCCCAUGUCCCAUAGAAAGGAUGUGCACUUCUAAGGGAACAAUCCACGUGAUUAAUGUUUUCAUUAUGUUCAUGUAAGAAACCUCUUAUU